UACAAAGGGUUACAUGUCAAAAAAUAUGUUCAAUAAGAUAAAUCAUUACAAAGUGAGACUCAACCUUUUUAAAACCAUGUCGGGCAAGAUAUCUGCCUGGGUUAUUCUCCUUCUGCUAGUUGUUUUUUAUCCGGACUCCAACUUGGCCAUUUGGUUUCCGUGGUACUUUCACAGAUAUGGAUUACAGCCGCACUCCAUGCGCCACGGAAUGAAUGGCGCUACUUGUCCACCUGGUUAUGCGCCAAAGGCUAAUGCCGUUCGUCAAGUCGACGCCUCUUCUGGCUGUGGCGCAGGAUCACAAUCAAAAUCAGGAACAGGAUCAGACGACAAUUCUGAAACUCCGAAAGAAACUCCGCCAAAACUGUGCGACGAUAACCCAAUACUGAUGCAGCUGGCCAGACUGUAUGUGGUGAGUCCGGAGAGGAUUGUCCUGCUGUUGUCACAGACGUCGCUUCCGGACUCUUGCGCGGAAAUAAACGAUGUGCUGGAAAACAUUAGGAAAUCGAUGCGCCGCUGCGUCCUUGCGCCGGACAACAUAUACGGAAAUCUGGCCAACGGACUUAAUUACUUCCGAAAGGAAGUCUGCGAAGGCGGAGAGGGCAGCAACCGGAAGCGGAGCACCGGGCUACACGAGGCGCACAGCUGUCUUAAGGAGCUCCGCACGGACAUGAUCGAGUGUGAGGCUCCGGCGGAUUGGUACGAACGCCGGAACAAGACCAAGGUAUGCCAGAUCUUCAACGAUGUCCUCGACUGCUACUACACCAGGGCGGCCCUGCUCUGCGGCAUCGAUUCCGCCAAGGAGCUGAGGUCCUUUGCCGGCGACUGCAUGGGCAGAUCCAUGAUCCAUAAAUGCGAUGUGUCUACUCGACUUCCUAGAGUGGAUAACGCUAUGCCCUCGUCCAAUGGAAAUGAAAAUACCAUGAAGCCUUUUUUGGAUUCUCUACGUGCUAGGGUAUUUAUUUUUGCAUGCUUUGUGAUUUAUUUUUUAAAUAAUUGAAUACAUAUUUGCGUUAUAAAAGAAGUGUAUUU